AAUUUUUCUUCACUUUUUUUUAAAAUUAUUUUUACAUUUUUGAAGCAUUUGUCAUUUAAUAAAGCACAUAAAGGCUUCCUACUUCACAAAGAUAAUAUUAACUGACAGAUAUUGUUAUAUCAUAGAACAAAACAUAUAAGAUCUCCUAAGCCUGUGUUAACCUCAGACCUUAUUUUCUACAUUUAUCCCACAACCCUAUUCUUUCCCCGGUUUAUUUUCUUCAUAGGAAUGGCUGAAAGAACCAGAGGUAACAUAUUUUCCGGUUUUAGGACUACAAGGUGGCGAGCUCUAUGUGUAACAUCAUUGCAACAUGAGAGAGGACAAGGACAUCUCAGGACAGGUUUGCUGGACCCAGAGCCUCUAACAGAAGUAGAUGAAGAAAUGGUGUCAGAAGUGGACCUCUACAACACUGUGACUGAUGAGGAGAGGGAGGAAAUAUUGAGUGAACUCACUAAGUUAGAGGAAGAAAUCUCCACCCUGAGACAAGUGUUGGCCUCCAAAGAGAAACACCACUCAGACCUCAAAGCCAAACUGGGGAUAACACCACUCAGUGAGCUCAAACAGAACUUCAACAGGAGCUGGUAUGACAUGCAGACUUCCACUGCGUACAAAAAGACGUCGGAGACGUUGAGCACGGCAGGGCAGAAGACGUCAGCAGCUUUCACCACAUUGGGAACAGCCAUCAGCAGGAAGUUUGGGGAUAUGAGCAUGUUUGGCCUUGAGUUAAUGUAUCCCAGAAGAUCAAAUUCACUUGGCUACUCUAUCCGCCACUCAAUGAGCAUGCCCGUUAUGAGGAACUCUCCCAGUUUCAAGUCCUUUGAGGAGAAGGUUGAAAGCACCGUUUCCAACAUAAAGCAGACCAAGGUAGGAAGCCAAGGAGGUGGAGGGAGUUUUGAGGAGGUGCUGUCUUCAGCCGCCCACGCCAGUGCCCAAGAAACCCCCAGCAACAACCUGUCUGAGAGCAGUGAUCAUGAGCGGACCUGCUAGACCAGAGCCUGAAACAACCUCCCCAGACCAGGAUUAGCACUCUACUGCCCCUCACUGGCCCAGAGGCCACAUUACAUUACCUGAUGAGGAGAGCAUGACAAACAGUAGGCCUAUCUAUCCAAAGCCACAUCAAGUACCAACACAAAUGUGUAUUAUCUAAUGGCUUCUUAGCCUUUGUGUUUCCAAUCUGUAAAGCACUCCUGCCCUUGAUAUUUUAUUACUAUGAAUACAGCCAUUACCUUUUGUAUUUUAAUAAAAAUAAAUGUGUUCCGUUUAUAUCAAUGUAUUUGAUAAACAAAAAGUAGUGACUUUCUUCCCAGUACUAAAACAACAUUUUCAUGAUGACACCUACUUUCCAAGAGUGUACAGUCACAUAAAACUAUUGGGGGAGGGAAUUAUAUUUGAAACUAAUACUUGAAAUUACAAAGACUGGAUUUGUAGGCCUAUACUGCACUGUAAAUGGGGACCAGAGUAAGGCCUCGUGCUGAAAAUCUACUGAAUACACUGUCAUCCCGAUGAAUCACACUAAUAUCUCCUUUAUUCCAACCGUGCACUGUUUGCACUUGAGCCUUGAUGGGGUCUCCUAAAUCAGGACCUAAAUUAUACUUAUUAGCACAACAGUCAGGCAGUGUAGAUGCUUUGACACAUUGUGGGAUUAAAUGUCUAUUUUUAAAUGUGGUUAUUUCUUCUGUUUAUUAGUGCUAAUCUUCAAUAAUGGACCAAACAUCUGGUUUUCUAUUUACAGAAUUAACUUUUGUCAUAUGAUUUUCUCCUUGUGUUUAUUGUUCAAGUUGAUUUUUCUCAGUUGCUGUGGUUUUUAACUUAAUUGUGACUAGAUGUUUGUCAGACAUUUAGGUGAUAAUGUUUUCAGACAUUUUGACUAUGUUUUGUCAACAGCAGAGUUGCCCUCUCCUGAAUGUGACUGUUGUAAUACCCAAAGGUUAAUAACAGUUGUUAUAGUCCCUGUGCAGUCCUGUGUAGCUCGGUAGGUAGAGCAUGGCCGUUGCAAUGCCAGGGUUGUGGGUUUGAUUCUCACGGGGGAACUAGUAUGGGGGGGUUGGAGUAUGACAAUGUAUGCAUUCACUACUGCAAGUAUGACUUAAAUGUAGUCUAGCAACUUCUGCUUUUUUUUAAACAAAACUAUAUCCCAGUAAGAUUAUAACACACUAUGAAUAAACUGUUUUUUGCAGUAUGACUAUUAAACAAUUUGUUGCAAACCAA